AUGAACAAGGGGACCUUGGAGGGGGAAAGGCGGGAAGAGAAACGCAGCAGCCCGACCCUUGGCAGCGUGUCUGUUUGUCCGUUUCAUUUCCAGCCAGACGUCUGGCCUGGUGGGGGCCAGGCUGGGAGAAAUCCAGUGGGCAGAAAAGUCUUGGGGAGCUCAGAGCAGGAGAAGGUGAGAGUCUGCUACCACCACCACCAACAGCCAUGUAUGUGCUGGGCCCUGUGCCGGGGCCUGGGAACGGACAGUGGGGACAGACAGCGUCUUCGAGGAGCCCAUAGUCUGAUGGCGGAGGCAGACAGCAAACAAGGAGGGCCGCCCCACUCCCAGCCCCUCGGCUCGCCUGCCUCUGAACGCCCGUUCCCUCAUCUCCAUUAGCAAUCCAGCCACGGUCCCCCAGGGCGGCCCUGGAGAUGCCCGAGGGCCUCCUUUCUGUUGUCCCCAGUGGGACCUAGCUCGACACAGCCACAGGGGCUGGCCAUGGGGAGACAGUGGCCAGGCCCGGCCCUGGCGGUCAUCAAGACCUCACUGAUCCUGCUGGUACUGCUAGCUCCCUCGCAGGCCGUGGUGCGCGCCAUACUGGACGGUAACUCCAGCACCGUGGACUUUGCCGAUCUGCCCGCCCUCUUUGGGGUCCCCCUGGCCCCCGAGGGUCUCCGGGGCUACCUGAUGGAGGCCAAGCCGGCCAACGCGUGCCAGCCUAUUGAGAGGCCGAGGCUGGGCAACAGCUCACUGGGCGCCAUCGUCCUGAUCCGCCGCUAUGACUGCACGUUCGACCUGAAGGUGCUGCACGCCCAGCGGGCCGGCUUCGAGGCGGCCAUUGUACACAAUGUCCGCUCCGAUGACCUGGUGCGCAUGGCCCAUGUGUACGAGGACCUGCGGCGCCAGAUCGCCAUUCCCUCGGUGUUCGUGGGCGAGGCCGCCUCUCAGGACCUGCGGGUCAUCGUGCGCUGCGACAAGUCGGCCCACGUGCUUCUCCUGCCCGACCACCCGCAGUGCUCUGACCUGAACUGCCAUCCCGUGCUGGCCGUGUCCUGGGUGCUGGGCCGUGCCUUGGCCCUGCUCACCUCCGCCUUCCUCGUCCUGCGCCGCGUGUGGCACUGGCUGUGGGCCUGGUGGCGCCGCGGGCCCGCAGUCAAGGCGCCCACCCGGCAGAAGGCCCAGGUGCGCACCUUCACCCGGCACAACGACCUGUGUGCCAUCUGUCUGGACGAGUAUGAGGAGGGUGACCAGCUCAAGAUCCUGCCCUGCUCCCACACGUAUCACUGCAAAUGCAUUGACCCCUGGUUCGCCCAGGCUGCCCGGCGCACCUGCCCGCUGUGUAAACAGUCGGUGGCCAGCACCGAGGACGGCUCCGAGUCCACCGUCGAGAGCUUCGGCGACGAGGAUGCCGCCCUUCCCGGCCACCAGCCGCCCAUCUGGGCCAUCCAGGCCCGGCUGCGCUCCCGGAGGCUGGAGCUACUGGCCCGAGCCAGCCCGCACCGCCACUGCAGCGCUGGGCCUGUGGGGGUGUCCUCAGAGAGGGCCGCCCCGCCCCGCUGA